AUGUUGAUAGCAACAACUAGACGUAUACGAAUCAUCUCACUGACUGGUACUGGAUACAAGACUUCCAUAGGAACAGGAUACGAUCUCUCCAACUCUGUUUUCUCGCCAGACGGCCGUAACUUUCAAGUAGAAUAUGCGGUAAAAGCAGUUGAGAACGGUGGCACGUCUAUCGGUAUACGGUGCAAGGACGGUGUUGUCCUUGCCGUGGAGAAGAUUAUCAGCAGCAAACUACUCAAGCCUGGCGCCAAUAAGAGAAUAGCAACCGUUGACAGGAACAUUGGCAUAGUCUCUUCUGGUCUGAUUCCAGAUGGACGACACUUCGUUUCCAGAGCUCGUGACGAAGCGUCUUCGUGGAGAAGUACAUAUAAAGGGCCAAUCCCAACGGACGUGCUGGCCAGUCGGUUAGGUGGAUAUGUUCAGGCAUAUACCCUAUAUUCCUCCGUUCGGCCAUUCGGUAUCUCUGCCAUAAUCGGGGGGUGGGAUUCAGAGGCUGAAUUGCCGGUAGACGGGCAGGUUGGGACUGGCCCUGAAUCAGGCGCAGGCGGUAAAGUCAAGGGAAGCAAGGCUGGUGGUCCUGGCCUGUUCAUGAUCGAGCCCAGCGGCGCCUACUGGGGCUACUACGGAGCCGCGACAGGCAAAGGCCGUCAAGCCGCCAAGGCCGAGCUGGAGAAACUAGACCUUCCAGCCGGUAAACUGAGCUUGCUGGAUGGUGUCAAGGAGGCCGCUAGGAUCAUUUACAUCUCUCACGAAGACAGCAAGGACAAAGAGUUUGAGCUGGAGAUGACAUGGAUCAGCAGUCUGGACGGACCUACCAAGGGCAGACACGAGGAGGUUCCGAAGAAUCUGCUGGAGGAGGCAGAGAACCUCGCCAGGAAAGCCCUGACCGAAGAGGAAGAAGACGACGACGACGAGGAUGAAGAAGACGAUAAGAUGGAGGAAUAG